AUGGAUUCGGACCACUACCUUGUGGCAGCCAAGGUUCGCACUUGUCUUAGUGUAGCAGCAAAGGUGCAAUCUAACACAACACGGAAACUCGACGUCGAAAAGCUGCAAUCACAAAAGAUAGCAGAAGCCUACUCCGCCCAACUUACCCACCUGCUUGACGAAAGCACUCCUUGUCCUGAUAAUAUAGAGGCACAAUGGCAAAGAAUUGCCCACUCCCUACAAACUGCAGCAAAAGCAACACUUGGGUACCAAAGACCACCAGCAAGAAACCCAUGGUACGAUCAGGAGUUUCGUAAUGCUACUGAGGUGAAAAACACAGCGUAUAGGGCAACCCUGCAGACCGUAGCAACACGUAAUGCAAGAGAGAAUUAUCGGGAGAAAAGGAGAGAGGAGAAACGUAUUUUCAGAAAAAAGAAGAAAGAACAAGAAAAACGUGAGCGCGAGCAAAUCGAGAUGUACAGGAGUAAGAAUGAAGUCCGGAAAUUUUACCAACGAGUAAAACACCAAACCGAAGGCUUUGGUGCAGGCACAUCCUCCUAUAGAGAUGAAGAAGGAAAUCUGGUGACAGAAACAUAUAGCGUGCUGAGGAUCUGGAAGGAGCAUUUUGCAAAGCUUCUGGUAUCAAAUAAUGGCGGUGAGGAAGAUACCCCAGAACCAAUAAGUGAUGACGGUAUAGAGUGUAUACCACCUAGCCAAGAUGAGGUCAGAAUAGCAAUCAAUCGGCUGAAGAAUAACAAAGCAGCAGGUGCCGAUGGUUUGCCAGCCGAACUAUUCAAGACCGUUGGUCAAAAGCUGAUUAGGAGCAUGCAUCAGCUGAUUAGAAAAAUGUGGCUAGAGGAAUUUUUUGGGCUGAUGGAAUCAUUAGACCAUUCUUAUGAAAACGAGGCAGGUCAAACGCAAAAAGUCAGUGGUGUGCUGUGUCGUGAAAUUAUAACUAGUUUUUUCUUGUCUUUCUUAUUUUGCGUUUUGGAUACCAGAAUUGGACGCCUAGAUUUAGAUAUCGAUAAAGUCGAUGAUUUACGCGAAUAA